CUCAGGUGCAGGCAGGGAAGUACCUGUCGCGCUGCAGAGGGGGUCACGUGGUUCGGGCGGCCCAGGAGGCGGGGCCCCACUCGCCCCACUCACUAUUGCGGGGAAGUUGCUCCGUCCGGACGCACAGGCUGGGGACUCCGAGACAAAGUGACUCGUCCAAGGCCACCAAAACAUCUGAAGCAGAGCUAAGACUUGAACCUGUAUAUCUGGGGGCCAAAUGCAAGCAACUACACUCCUGCUUCACCAACAAGAGGACUUCAUCUACUUUGGACUAGGUCAAGACAUUUGGAGUCUGCUGAAGAGCAAAAGGGGGGCUACUAUAGCCUGAAAUACAUACUCUAGGAGUGAAGGAAGAUUUCUGCUUCCCCGGCCCUUCUUGUGGCUGGGAGGCGGGCAAUGGCACGCUCGGGACAGCUUGCAUUCCUUCUGACAGUAUCUCUUCAGUCUUUCUUACAACCUGCAUUGGCUCAAGGCAACUCAAACAACAGCACAGUUGGAACCACAACAUUGGCACCCCAUCUUCCAUAUAGCCUUUCGAACUCUGAAUUGGCAGCAGCCAUAGCGGUGCCUUGUGUCUUUGUAGGCCUCCUGCUGAUCGGCCUUCUGGUUUUCAUGGGACUCAAAAUCCGCGAGAAGCGCCAGACAGAAGGCACCUACCGGCCCAGCAAUGAAGAGCAGGCAGGUACCCAGGCGGGGACCACCCCCAACCUUAAGCUGCCCCCAGAAGAGCGGCUCAUCUGAAAACGGGGAAAAGGCUCUGUUUUCCAGCCACAGCUUAGAAGGAGCUAGUUUGCAGCCCAGACUGUUUGGAAAAGAAAGGAAAGCAAGUGAAAAAAUAUGGACCUUCUGCUGUCACGUGUGUCCCUCAGCAUUACAGACAGUCUGAAUAUGAACUGAAAAUGGGAGAGUUCAUAAAUGUCUCUAGAAGGGUUUUGAGGACCCUCUGGUGCUAACUUAGCAGUGAUGAGGAAAGAGACAAUCCUCUUGGAGUGGAUUAGUUCUCAGAAGAGAAGGGAUACCCUUCCCGUCAUGGGAUGCCAAUGCUCCAGAACUGCUUCCUCCGUCUGUCCGUCCUCUUCAGAAGGAUGAAUUUGUCUGCCUGUUGUAAGACGAGUGGAAUGGAUUAUCGCUGUAGACAGCACAACUGUCUGAAAAGGAAAACAGGGGCUGGGACUGCCGUUGGGUUUUAAUUUUGAGCUUGAAAAAGUUCCCCGUUUUGUCUACCACUUCCAGAUCUCCCAGUUAGUCUGGUGCUUGGGGAGGGGAAUGCGGAUGCAAUUGGGGAAGCUCUUUGCUGAAGCUCUGGUUUUAAGUAUACCCUACAGGAUUCAGGGCAGGGUUGACUUUUUUUUAAUGAGAAAGAGUAGUUUGCACUGUGCCUUUUAAAAAUGCCACUAUUUAAUAAAGACUCGUCUCGCUUCUCUGGUGGGGUCAAAGACACUGGUGCCAGGGAAGUGCCAUUGCCGCUGGCUGCCUUGGACACAGGUUUUCUGCCAGUUGAAAUGUUUUAAAUGAACCAUAGGAGGGCAGCACUGCUCUCCACAACCAGAUGAAAAAAACUAAGCAAACCUCAAAAGGUUCAAAGCUCAAAACAUCCAGAAAACAUGUCUUGCAGGCAUUUUGAUUGGGUUCUUUGACCCUUCCCCAUAAGUCUAUUACUUAGCAACAUUCAAUUACCAAAAUUAUAGAAACUAUUUCUAGAGUAUAUACAUUAGAAAUAUUCUCUGGAUGGAAAGUCUCCAUCAUCUCUGAUUUUGGGGGUUUCCACUCCUUCUGGUAUAGUAAUAAUAAUAAUAAUAACACUUUAUUUGUACCCCGCUACCAUCUCCCCAAGGGACUCGGUGCGGCUUACAUGAGGCCGAGCCCAAACACAACAGUACAAGCAAUAAUAACA